UUGGGGGUUCCCAGUCCUUGGUGGAAAGAGGGAAGAUGUGGUUGCCAACCGGGGGCUCUCUUUAGCCCGUCCCAGCGAGCCCGGCGCACGGAAAUCAUGGCCGACGAUGACGACGAGAGCGCCCAGCUCGGGCAGAGAGAAACCGACAGCCUCUCCGGGGACUAUUUAUCCACCCAGGACUUGGAGUCGGUCGUUCUGGAUUCAAUACAGGACCAUCUGGAGAUGCACCCUCUGUUGCCCGUCACAAACAGCAGCAGCAGCCGGGAAGAUGAAGAUGCGGGAUGGGACACGCCGGAGGACCUGUCUCCAGAUCACUCAGGGGUGAUCCCCCAAAUAAUAACCCAGGAAAUCUUACCGGAGGGGGACCGAGCGAUCGCGGGCGAGCAGGAUCUGCUUCCUACCCCUCUGGAGGCGAUGUUUCCAAUGAGCAUUAUGGAAGACACAGAUUUCACCAUAGAGAAGGUUCUGGGGGAAACCACAGCCAACAUCUUGAUGGAGGCCGAGGUGGCCGCUUCAAAGUUUGCCAACGAAUUCAAGCAACUGGAGGCCGGCUUCGACUCGGAGACGGACUUGACCGAGCCGCACAGCAUCCUCAACUGCAGAGUCUGCCAGCUCUUCGUGCGGACCGUGGACCGGUUGCUGGAUAAGUCCGACGAACUCAUGGAUCAUUACCUCCCCCUCACCGAGGAAGAGAUAGGAAACCUGAAAAAAGCUGUGGAAGAGCUGGACGACUCGGCAGCUGACCACCAAGUCCAGAUGUGUCUGGACCGGAUCAACAACCUCUCCAGCAAACUCCGCCAGCGGGCGUACAUGAUGGCACUCAGCAAGCUGAGGAUGGCCCGGCGCAACACUCAAGAGAGCCUGUGCCAGCUCCAUCAGACCAUAAAUUUGAUUGGGGAGGUCCAGCAUGAAGACCACCCACAGAAGAAUCAGAGUUUCCGGAAGCUGAGUGCCAUCACGGUGGAAUGGACCCAGAGACAUGAUCGGCAUACGAUCCAGGCUCCUUUCAGGGAGCUGAAGGAGGCAGAGUCCCAAAAUGAGGAGGUUGGCGUGCGCCUCGCCGAAAGCAGCAGGAUAGCAAUCGGAGCGCCUCUCGCCGAAAGCACCAGAAUAGAAUUCGAAGCGCCUCUCGCAGAAAGCCCCAAGAUAGGAAUCGGAGCACCUCUCGCCGAAAGCACCAGAAUAGAAUUCGAAGCGCCUCUCGCAGAAAGCCCCAAGAUAGGAAUCGGAGCACCUCUCGCCGAAAGCACCAGAAUAGAAUUCGAAGCGCCUCUCGCACAGAGCACCGGGCUGGAAGAGAUUGGCCAGCCCCUGGCUCAGAGCAGCAGCAUCGAGAGUACCCCCAAGAUCAGCCAUCCUGAGCCCACCCCACCCCCCGCGGAGGCCACCCCUGAGAAGGCCAUGACCCCUCCCGCUGAGAGGAGCAGCCCCGAGCAAAGAGUCACACCACCACCAGAGACCAGCGGCCCGGGCCAUGUCUCUUUGCCUGCCCCGCAGAGCCUCCGCCCGGAGCAGGUGACAAAGCCGGCGCCAUCUCUCCCCGAGCACGUCCUCAGAGACAUGGCGAACAUCACCGUGACGUCUCCAGGGUGUGACAAACAGGACCAGCUUGCUUCAGAGACCCCUCUGCCUGUGGAGGAGGACAACAUGCUUCCUUCUGAGAUGGAGGAGAAAGCUUUGGAGAUGUCCCGCAGCCUGGCUCACAACCUCCACGGCACGUACGAGAACCUCCUGGCGCACCUGAAGGACCUCCCUGAGGAGCUCCAGAAGAAGCUCUACCAGACCUGCCGGGACAUGGCAGACCUGCGCUCGGAUUUCGACUCGGCUCACCACUUCGGGGACUUGUCCCGCGGCCUCCUGAACAAAAGCUUCGAGGUCCUGGCCGAGGCCCAAUGCUCCAUGGACGAGCUGAUGGAAUACGCCCUGCAGAGCCCCAAAGCUCUCCUCUGGCUGAAGGACCACCUUCCCAAUCUAGAAGAUCAGGAGCAGGUGCUACGAGAAGAUGUCCCGCUCCCUGCCAAAGAGGAGGAGGAGGUGGUGGCCUCCGUUUUCGGGAAGAAAGGGCAGGACCAGGACAUACUGAAAAUCCAAGAGGCUUACGACCCUCAAGGUUGCAAGGAGGAUACACUUCCUGGCGAAGAAGAGCCGGCGGCCCCAUUGGCCGGCCAACGUCGGUCGGAGGACAUCCUGGAAAUCCAACGGGCUCAAGACCCUCAAGGUUGCAAGGAGGAAGAGCCUCAGGCGACGGAGAACCAAGCCGACCAACCGGUGGGGCAACCGGCAUGGAAUCUCACAGAGAUGCUUCAAAGGGUUCUCCCAAAAGCUCCUGCUGUAGAAGACGUCCCCGGCCAGGCAGAAGUUGUCCUACCGCCUGAGGAACAAGAGGUGGGCGAGAGGAACAUCCUGGAAAUCCAACGGGCUCAAGACCCCAAGGGCUGUGACGAGGAACCCCUCCCCGGGGAGCAGGAGGUGGUCCCUCCUUCGAGUGAGUGGGAGCUCGAAGGGUUGCUGAAAAUCGAAGAAGCCUAUGAUCCGCAAGGUUGCGACGAAGGACCCCCUCCUCGUAAGGAAGGGGAGGUGGUGACACCUUCGGAGUGGAAGAUCGUGAAGUUCCUGCAGGCAUAUGCCCCCAAAAUGCACACGGAGGAAGCAUCCUCUCCGAAGAAGACGGUAGAGGUGGUGGCCCCUCUCAAAGAGGAGACGAGGGACUCCGAUGGAUUGAAAACACAGAAAGCCCACCACCCCAAGGGCUGUGAUGAAGAUGGGCCUUCAGAAAACGAGGGAACAGACUGGGAAGGCCCCUUCCUGGCCGAGCGGAGCGGGAGGGAGAUCUUGAAAAUCCAGGAAGCCCAAGACCCAAAAGGCUGCGAGGACGAAACCCUGUCCAUUCGGAAGACAGAGGCCUCCCCUUCGUCCGAGCAGGAGGAGUGGCGCUUCCUCAAGAUCCUCCAGUCCUACAUCCCGAGAAGUCGGAACAACGGGGCAUCCCCGGGGGCAGAAGCCAAGGCACCCCCAGCUCCCGGCAAACGGGAAGGCAAGGAAGGAGCCCCGGAAGGAGCCCCAGAGGGGGUCCCUCCGCCGCCCGGAAACUUGGAGCCACCCCGUUGGGACAUCUUGAAAAUCCAGGAAGCCCAAGAUCCGAAAGGCUGCGAGGAGGACGAGGCCUAAGACGGAGAGGCCGGCGAGCAUUUUCGAGGGGAGCGUGUCUGCCGAGUUCUGGGCACAGCCGUGGAAUUCACCUGAAAGCGUGGUCCGGACAUUCGGCCACCCGAGGGGGGGAAGGGCUUGGCACCCGUGUUACUGAAAUAAGAGCGGUGAUUUAUCUCCGGUGUAUUGUUUCUUUGGCUCUUU